AUGUGGAUCUUCUAUGAGUUGAUAGCAAUCGUUGAUGCAAUGCACAAAUGCUCUAUAAUGCAUGGCGAUCUCAAGCCAGACAAUGUUCUCAUCAGAAAAUUCCAAUCGCCAGAUGACCUGAUAUCCGAUCGAACGGUCAUGCUGAAGUUGAUAGACUUCGGCCAGGGCAUCGACAUGGGCAUGUAUCCCCCUGGCACACAGUUCACUGCCAAAUCUGGCCGGAAGGAUUUGCAGUGUAUCGAGAUGAAAACUGGUAAACCUUGGUCUUAUGAGCAUGAUUUGUACAUGCUGGCCGGCACGCUGUACACUGUAGUGAUGGGCUCCUACAUGAAUGUUGCCCGGGUAGCUGGCCAAUGGAAGAUGUCAAUCAAAUUCAAGAGGUCGUCAUCAGUAUUUCCGAUUACAUUGACACAUAAUUAG